AUGCUGUUCUUGCAACUUGUGUUGCUGGUGUUUCUCCUCCCAGGUGGUGACAGUGAAGAUGAUUUCCAGGAGCCGAUCUCCUUCCAAAUCAUCCUGAUCUCAUCCUUUUACAACCAUUCCUGGGCACAAAAUUUGGGCUCAGCUUGGGUGGAUGAGCUGCAGACCCAUGCCUGGGACAGAAAGACUGGAAUUUUCACAUAUCUGCAGCUUUGGUCCAAGGGCAACUUUAGCAGGGAGAUGCUCACAGAACUGGAAAGGAUACUCCAUACAAACGCUAUGAGAUUUUUUCAGAUAAUUUGUAAUCAUGUCAGUGAAUGGCAGUUUGAAUAUCCCUUUCAGGUACAGGCAGCAGGAAGCUGCGAGCUGCACAUUGGAGAAGCAUCAGUUGGCUUUGCCUGGAUUGCUUACCAAGGAUCAGAUCUCGUUAGUUUCCAGAACACGUCAUGGUGGCCAUCUCCAAAGGGAUGAAACACGGCUCAGAAGGUCUGCACACUAUUCAAUCAGGAUCAUAUUUUCAAUGAAAUACUAUACACGCUCCUCAGUGACACCUGCCCCCGGUUCCUGUUGGGUCUUCUUGAAGCAGGGAAGGCAUAUUUCCAGCGACAAGUGAGACCAGAGGCCUGGCUGUCCACUGGCUCCAGUCCCUGUCGUGGAUGUCUGCUGCGGGUGUGCCAUGUCUCUGGGUUCUACCUAAAGCCUGUGUGGGUGAUGUGGAUGCAGGGUGAGCAGGAGCAACAGGGCACCCAGCGAGGUGACCUUCUGCCUCAUGCUGAUGGGACAUGGUAUCUUUGGGUGUCCUUGGAUGUGAAAGCCAUGGAGGCAGCUGGCCUGUCAUGUCUGGUGAGACACAGCAGUCUAGGAGACCCGGACAUGGUCCUCUACUGGGAGCAGCCCCACUCCAUGGGCUUCAUCUUCCUGGUGCUGAUGGUGCCCCUGGUGCUUCUGGCAGGUCUGGCAUUGUGGCUCUGGAAGUGCUGGAAAACACACUGGAGACAUCAGUGCACUGGCUUCCCUUCUGAGCAAGAUCCCAGCAGCACAGGCUCCAGUACUGACCUAAACCCAACUCAGUGGUGAA